AAACUGUUGACAUUUCUCUCUGGAAAUCAUUGUUUAUCAUCGUCUUGCACACAUCGGUUAAUUUUCAGGAACCAUUGUCUCCAUUAAGAUCCAAGAAACAAUACUAAAAGUUUGCAGGUUAACGGCUGGCCAAAGCAAAAACUUCCAAGAUGACGGCGGGAAUGAUCAGAGUGCCUAGCAUUAUGCCGUUGCGAGUUCCAGUGGGAGGAAGAAAGAACAUAAUAGACACUCACACGCCCAUCGAGCUGCGAUCAGAAACUCCAGAUACUUUGAUUUAUUACACAAUCAACGGAAUGAAGCCUGAACCUUUUAAACAAAUUGGCAUAAAGUGCACCUACAAGUAUAACAGGCCUUUUGUUUUAGGGCAAGGUAAACGAACCGUGAAAGCUUUAGCGACCUCGAGCGAUGGAACAAGGGAAAGUUCCAUUGUAACUAAGACAUUCAUGGUGGAAGAACGAGAAGGGAAAGAGGCAUUAGAUGCCGAGGACAAUGUCUCCGAGCUUCAACAAAGCAUGUCUUCAUCCACUGGGAAUUUAAGGGAAUCAUCUGGGACUUUGUUUGGGCAAAUUCUUGAGAACGCCAAAGGUUCCAAACUGAAAACUUCAGAGGCCUGGGGGACAGAUGGUAGCUCUAAGCGAUUUCUUACAUCAACACCUGAUGAGUGGGAAAAUGUUAGAGGAUCUGAUUUCAGGAAACCCCGGAGUGAGGCAAGGUUUACAGCAUCAAGGUUUGGUUCAGAUCAAGCAACAUUAGGUACGCCAGAUCAGUCUCUUAGUCAGGUUGAUGGGGUGUUGAAGGACAGACGAGGUCCUGAGAACAGGAUUCAAGCAAGCAAGAUUCAGCAGCAGACAGAUUUUUUGAAGUGCAUCUACUGUCUAGCACCCAGGCCAUCUGAUCCUUAUGCAAGAUUCUGCUCUGAAUGUGGGUCUCCCAUUCCACCAUUGCCGUCAUCAAGACUUCCACCCCCUGAGGGUGGGCAGCUUGGUAUGUGCGUCUCCUGUCACUCAAUGGUGCCACUGAACACUCCUACUUGCAUCAUUUGCGAAGCACCUCUUUCACCUCAGCGUCAACCACAAGCCACCAAGAAAUUAGCGCAAAAGUUGAUGUGUAGAGUAUGUGGUACAGGGAAUCCACCUGACUUGAAAGUUUGUGUUACCUGUGAAGCCAAGCUUCCAUACAACGCAAAACAAAUAUUUACUGGCACAAGUGCUCCCCCAAUGCCUAAGGACUCUAUUAGCAGCCUCAUGACAUGCUCCAAGUGUUCACGUGUAAACAGCAGUGAUGCCCGUUUCUGUGACUGGUGUGGAUCAAAACCUCAACCUUACCAAAGUCCCCUCAUCUGCUCUCAGUGCCAGGCAUCAAACAGUCCUUUUGCCAGGUUCUGUAAUACAUGUGGAUGUACUAUUGAACCGCCGCCAAGGAUAUCACGGCAAAGUCCAGGAAGUGUGAUUGGAACAGUUGUUGAAAGAGGCAACAUUCGUGACACAGUGGGUAGAUUGGAAAGUGCAACUUGGUUGCCAGUUUCUAUCCCUUCGACUCCAGCAGAAACAGCAGAUAAAGCAACUUCUACAGUAGGCCUGUUCUUUCCCUCAGCAACUAGUAUCCAAUCCCAAAUUGAGAUGGAUGCUCAUGAGCGAACUCGCCUUGAAGCUUCAAGAGACCGUCGACCAGCACUUGCAGCUGUUAGUCCUGGUAAAGGUUUCUGGCGCCAACAGAUGGACCAUGUAUGUUCGCACCUUCGCGCACAUGCACAAAACAAUCCAGACUUCAGAUCUACCAUUGGUGAACCAAGACUGGGGAAAAUAAUCACUGCGACUAUUCAUGAAGACCUCAAUGGCGAAGAGGUCACGUUAACUGUGACCUUUGCCAGGAGAGAUGGCAAGGAAAUGUGGAAAGAAAAAUCGAAAGCCAUUUCUUCAAGUUUGAGGGCAUUCAAUCUGUCAGGGAGCAAGGAAGAGUUAAGAGCAAACAGAAAACAAACCCAAAAUGGUUUGAGAACAACAGCUAAGGGAAAGAAACAGAAAAGAAAAGGAAAAGAGACUGAUAAAGUUAAACUUAGUGAACAGGACAAGUUGUUACUCAAGGAGAUUGGGCCUAAAGGUGAAGGUAGAGAUGAAGAAGUACGAAGACUGCUUGAUGAGGGAGUGAAUCCAGAAUGUGAAUCAUCUGAUGGCAUCCCAGCCAUCAUUCUUGCAACUGUGAAUAAGCAUGCAGAAAGUAUUCCACCACUAGUGAACGCAGGUGCAAAACUCAACACUAAGAGUGUUGCCAAAGGAAAUACAGCUCUACAUGAAGCAGUUCUUCAAGGUGCAGAUGGACUCAAAUGCAUUGAUGCACUGUUAGGGUUAGGUGCACGGACCAAUGUUGCAAAUGACGCUGGUCAAACUGCUUAUGAUCUAGCAAUGUCCUCAGGUCUUGAUAGUGUUACACAGAGGUUUACAUCAAGUGUAGGGGAUGAAAUGUUGCAGAAGCUUACUAAACCAAAGAAAGUUAGGUCUUUGGAUGAGGAGUUCUAACCAUGGCAUACUAACAUAUAAGCUUCAUUCCAAAAUGUAUUUACUUUGAAGGGUUACCAAUCUACAGAGCAGAAUUUUUCCUGAAAAUUAUAGAUCUUAGUUUAAUGUGCCCUCCAUCAUUCAGCACUUUCUCACCAGCUGUGGGUUGUCCAAACAAUCCUACCUGUGCUACUGAAAGCCUGUGCCUAGUUUCUCAUAGUUACUGUGGAUUCAACAAUAAUGGCUGGCUCCCAUAGUUGCAUGACUGUAGAAUAUUGCGCAUUAUUUAUUGUUUCAGAGUAUACAAGAAAAAACACUAAAAGGAAGAAUAUGAAAAUGCCAUAGUUUUGCAACAAAUAUUUAUUUAUUGACAUGAAUCACAAUGAUUAUUGCUGUCAUUCAUUGGCAAAAUCUCAGGGCAGGCAUCAGACAUAAACAGUAUUAAAUGGUAUUUAAUUGGUAUAAGUGGCAUAGCUUGAUGCAGAUUGCAAGUGACUGCAAAUAUACUAGUAAUACUUAACUAUGUCAAUCUUAGUUGGAUUAAAGAGAUUUUUGAACUCAGUCAGUAGAUACAGGCUGUUUUAUUUACAUCAUGUAACAUUUUCCCAUACCAUCACCACUGCCAACACUCAAUUAUGGGUAAUCAAAAUGGUGAUGAGUGAAAUAAUACUCCCUUUGCAGCUGGGAUCAUGUGACCAAAUUUGUCCAAAAAAAUUAUGGGCUAUACUAUAUUAUGGGCU